AUGACUGUUCCCUCUCCGGUGCCUCAGGAAACUGAGAAGAAACCUGUUCACACCAUAAUCCUCGACGCUUCGCCCCUCCUCCUCAACACACCUGGAAUUUCUACGCUACUCGCCCACGGCCACGUCCUGGUGACCACGCCGUCCGUCCUCGCCGAGAUCAAAGCCGAAGAAGCAAGGAACCGAGUCGACACACUCUACAAGCCCUUCCUGACCGUACGGACGCCGGGUCCCGAGAGUGUCAAGAUUGUAAAAGACUUUGCGCGCAAAACGGGCGACGGGGCGGUGCUAAGUCAUACCGAUUACGAGGUUUUGGCAUUGGCGUACGAGAUUGAGUGUGAGAGAAAUGGAGGCAACUGGAGGUUGAGGACGACCCCGGGGCAAAAGAGACUGAAUGGCGCACCACCUACGCAAACUGCGGUAAAGGAAGAGGACGGUCAAGAUCAGACUACGGGUACAGAGAAUGUCGCAGAGGAUGUGCGAGAUGAACCAGAUACAGCGCUUGAUUCUAUUGAGAAGAAGGUGGAUAGUCUGGGCCUUGAGGGGGCAGCUGAUCAAAGAAAUGACGAAGCAGGCGAUACCCUCGAGGUAGGCGACGAACCCACCGAGGCAACUAUACAACUUUCAGAGCACUCGCCGGAGACAGUACCUUCACAACCAAUAGAGACCGAAGGCUCAGACUCAGACGAAGGAUGGAUCACCCCUUCCAACAUUAAACGUCGACAAGCCCAAGACGAGUCCGCUAGCGGCAUUGCGUCAAAAUCGUCGCCCAAACACCUCCAGGUGGCUACCAUGACGGGCGACUUUGCCAUGCAAAAUGUCCUCCUUCAAAUGAACCUGAAUCUCAUCUCCACCAAGUCCUGCCAACGAAUCUCCCAAAUCAAACAGUUCAUCCUGCGGUGCCACGCCUGUUUCUCCACUACCAAAGACAUGUCUAAGCAAUUCUGCCCGCGUUGCGGUAAACCCACGCUAACCAGGGUAACGUGUACGACCAAUGAUAAAGGAGAAGUGAAGUUGCAUCUGAAGCAAAACAUGCAAUGGAACAACAAAGGCAAUGUCUUUUCGGUCCCCAAGCCAACGAGCGGAACCGCAAAUCAGAAAUGGCAAGGGCCCAGGCACGGAGGUGGAGGCAAAGGUGGAUGGGGGAAUGAGCUGAUUCUGGCAGAAGACCAGAAGGAGUACGUAAGAGCCAUGUCGAAGAUGAAGAGAGAAACCAGGAGAGAGAAAGAUUUGAUGGAUGAAGAUAUCCUGCCAGGGAUCCUGUCAGGGGACCGAGGCCACUCCACAGGAAGGCCGAGGAUAGGGGCAGGUCGAACAGUAAACUCGAGAAAGCGGUAG